UAAAAUAAAGCCCCAUCGGCUCACUUACCUCUCCUGCAAUUUUACCUUUUCUGCAUUUUUUUGGUUUUCCUUUUUUGUUGCAACAGAGUGCGGGAGGCAGCAUCAGCAGCUCUGCUCUGAGGCUUGUCAAGGCUCAGUGCACGCACACACACACACACACACACACAUGCACGCACGCAACCCAGAGUGAAAACAUUUGCUCUCACCUGUCUCCAAACCCAAAGCAAACCUCCUGUCUAAGCAAACUGCCAACACUUGGAACGAGAAGGCAGCCGAGCCAGAAUCUAAUGUAAGGCGAAAAAAUUCAAUGUACACUAGCAACUUUUUGCUAAAAAGCAAGAGGGGAAAAGGAAGGAAAGGAGCAUUUUAAGAAAAGGACACCUUAAGGAAGAUUUCAUUUUUUGGAUUUCACACUAAACUUUGGAAAAGUUUUUUUUCUUUUUCUUUUUUUUUUUUUAGUUAUUAUUCUGUUAUUACCAUCUUUUUCUAAGAACACUGAGACAUUGUUACCUGCAUAUAAAAGCUUUUACAUUUUUUUUUUUUUUAAAAAAAGGAAGAAAACCAAGAGGAAGAAUAGCAUGUGGACCACCUAACCAAAGGCACCACUGAAGCAUCCCUUGCGGCGAGGGGGACGUAGACUCUGGAUGUGUAUAAUUCCAAGGGACUGCAUUUUUUUCCUACCGGGCUUAUGAGAUAGCGCAGAGGCAGGCAAGUCACCGAGAAUUACUUCUGUCUCCCCUCACCACCACCACUACCACCACCUCCACGUCCUCUUCCAAGGGCUCCUGCGAUUCUCCCACCGCAGUCCGGCUUGGAAGGACAUGGGAACGCGCGGCGCCCUCGAUGCCUGAGGCCGGGCGGCCGCGGGGCUGUCUGCGGGAAGCGCUUCCCUGCUGGGGCUCGCCGUCCAUGUGCCCGCAGCCGGCGGGGCCUGGAGUCGGGAUGAAUUUCGGCGUGGUCUUCGCGUUCAUCCUCUCCCUGCCCCUGGCCCGCAUGGAGGGGGACCCCAUACCCGAAGACAUUUAUGAGAUUUUGGGUGGCAGCUCAGUGCGCUCCAUCAGUGACCUCCAGCGUGCCCUGCGGAUAGACUCCGUAGAGGAGGAUAGCUCGAGCCUGACCCUGAAUGCAACUCAGCCUGGUGAAAACCCUGUGGCCCUGUCUCGAGAGCGACGAAGCCUAGAUGCUCUGGCAGCAGCAGAGACAGCUGUCCUUGCAGAGUGCAAGACGCGGGAGGUAGUCUUUGAAAUCUCCCGCAACAUGGUGGACAGCACCAAUGCCAACUUUGUGGUGUGGCCACCCUGUGUGGAGGUGCAGCGCUGCUCCGGGUGCUGCAACAACCGCAACGUGCAGUGUCGCCCCACACAGAUCCGUGUCCGGCAUGUCCAGGUGAACAAGAUCGAAUUUGUCCAGAGGAAGCCAAAAUUCAAAAAAGUUGUUGUGCCUUUGGAGGACCAUGUGCAGUGUCGGUGUGAGGCCGUGUUCCGACCGCCUCCCAGGAACAUCCGUCCAGGGCCACGUGAACAGAGACGCUUGUCACCAUCGUUCACCACAGCCGCUGUCUCUCAGAGGCAGCGAGUACGCCGGCCGCCGGCACAGAAGAGGAAACAUAAGAAGUACAAGCAUGUCAACGAUAAGAAAGUGCUGAAAGAAAUCCUCAUAGCAUAGAAGUGCUGGCAGGGGAGAGAGAGCACAAGGUUUAUUUAAUAUAUUUGCUGUAUUGCCCCCAUGGGGUCGUUGGAGUGACAACUUUUCCUCUUUGUCCAUCUGCCUCGACGUCUGAUUCAGAUGGCAAUUGGUGCUUCCCUUUCCAUCAGUGGACCUUCUCCCACCAAAGUCUCCUUUCUUUCAUUUAUUAGCAUAAUUUUAAAGUUUUACACACACACACAAAAAAGGACAAAGAUGACCUUUAUAUAUAUAUACGAGAAAAGAACAGAGUACAAAUAAAACCAUGAAUGCCAACAGCCACUUGUGACAAGGACAGGACAAUGCCUUCCCUGCUACAGAGGACAGGAUGGAAAAUGUGAAAAGAAAAAUGGGUCCAAUUUCUUCUAAGGAAAGGAGAAGACCACACAGACAGAGGCCAGAAGGGGAAUAUUCUCCCUUUUCCUCAUGCUUCUGGUAAGGCUGGGGGGCCUGGCUGAGAUCUACACUUGCACUGGACCUAUAUUUUGGAAACAGGCGUGUCUCAGAUUGCAAGCAGCGACCAAUGAUGGAAAAUGCACUAAGGACUUUUAUCAGCCUACCUGGACAGAUAUAUAUUUUUAAUGUGCGUGUGUAUAUUUUAUUUUAAAAAAGAAAAACCAAAACCAUUAAGAUAUACAACAUCUCGGGGAACAGAACAAACAAGCGAAGAAACAAAACAAAAACAAAACAAAGAAGCCAAAUGCAUUCCCCCCCUCCCUUUCCCCUCCUGCUCCUGGUGCUGACUGGAAGGUGUUUGGAUGGUGGGGAAGGAGCACACGGCGGCAGAAUCGUCUCCACGCCCCUGGCCCCUGCCAAGAGGAGCCAUCUUUGCACAUGCUUGUGGAGAAUUCAACUUUCCAGGCUCGGACUCAAAUUAUUUUUUAAAUUUGCUCUGUAUGUGUGCGUGUAUACGUGUGUGUGUGUGUGUGUGUGUGUAUAUAUAUACAUGUGCGUGCGUGUGUGUAUGUGUAUUUAUACAUGCAUAUAUAAAUAUAUAUAUAUAUAUAAAUAUGUUCUUAAAUGGGUUUCAUUCCCCAGUGGCAGGAAGCUUAGAGGCACGUGCACGCAUUGGCUUCACUAGUCUGGCAGAAAAGCACACUGUUACUGCAACGUGCCUGCGAGGCCCAGGAUGGGGCAGGCAGAGGCAUCAUCUGAUCUCUCUCUCUCUUGUUGCCCUUUUCUCUCACUCUGCACCAUCCCCCAAGCACAACUUCCUUGCAGGAGGUGAAGUGGCACCACAACAAGACCAAGGACAGUUAAACUUAGAAGCAUGACUUAAUCUCAGUGAGCUGUCCUUGCCUGCUCUGUGGUCCUGAAAGCAGAAUCAUGUUAUUCCCAUGAGGUUUUUAACCCCUUCUUGGGUGUCCUGCAUGUCAUGCUUCCCCUUAUCUCUCUCUGCCAACAUCUCUACAUCUCCCAUCAUUUUCCUCUCAUUUUUCUUCUCAAAUUCCUUCUUGGUCUCUUUGCCCAUCAGAUGAUCCCAAUCCACAUAGUUUGGAAGUUGAUCCAUGAUGUGGGCAGCUCUGUGUAGAUAUAGAGAAAGAAAUGAGGGGAGUCUUUGCAGUUGGCAGCAGCCAUCUGAGACAGAAAUGAGCUCUUCUAAGUGAGGAGGACUUGGAGAACAACUGGAGAGUCAGUUGUAGAGUCCCUCCUGCGCCAGUGCCUAUCUCUGAGGAGGGAGGAGGACUGUGUAGGCAAGAGCUGUUUCUGCACACCUAAUACUCAGUCACCAUUAGCAGAAAUGUUACAUAUGAUAGAAAUUCCCAGCUUCACCUCGGAUGGUCUCAGGUAGUGCCAUGUUGGGUGCUGCAGUUACUCACGCAGAAAACACCUGCCAAGAGUGAUUGCAGCAGUCCCCCUGCCCCUCCUGCCUCCGGCCACUUCUCCCCUCACACACACACACCUCUAUUGCAGGGCAAAGCCCUGGAGGGAGACUGGGGAAGAAGCCAAAGCCACAACCUGGGAGCUGUUACAAGUUGUGGAGGAACCCAGUCCUCACCUCCUGCAAGCCCAGAGCACUUCUUGUACCACUGCCAAGGUGGCACAUUUCUCCCUCCCUCCCUCCAUCCCCAAGCCCUCAAGUCUUACUUUGUUUUGCUGUUCCAAAAUAAUUUCUUUUGGUUUGUAAAGAUGUUUUAUUUUAAUUUUUUUGCUUUUUUUUAAAUGUAAGGUUAAUUUAUACUCAGUACUGUAUUUAAAGUUGUAAAAAAAAAAAAAAGAAAAAAAAAGAAAAAAAGGAA